AUGCGCAGGCGUCCCUUCUUGAGUGGGGAUUGGCUGGCGACGGGCGGCCGGGCCGGGGCGGGACUCCAGCCUCGGCGCACGCUCUGUGGGCGGAGAGGGCGGGGUUGCCGGUGGCAGUUGGUCCGAGUGUCCAGGCCUGAGGUAUCCUCCUGGUCCCUCCUCCUGCCGGCUCCUCAAACGGCAGACCAUUCAUCAAGAAUUUUGUAUCCAAGGCCCAAAAGUUUGUUACCGAAAAUGAUGAAUGCUGACAUGGAUGCAGUUGAUGCUGAAAAUCAGGUGGAACUGGAGGAGAAAACACGACUUAUUAAUCAAGUGUUGGAACUCCAACACACCCUUGAAGAUCUCUCUGCAAGAGUAGAUGCAGUUAAGGAAGAAAAUCUGAAGCUAAAAUCAGAAAACCAAGUUCUUGGACAAUAUAUAGAAAACCUCAUGUCAGCUUCUAGUGUUUUUCAAACAACUGACACAAAAAGCAAAAGAAAAUAAGGGAUUGAUAUCGCUUAUGUCUUACGGAAUUGCUGCUGAUCUUUUUUUCUUUAAAACUUGGAUAGAUUCCAAAAGUUAUAGUACUUUUGUUUGUGGCUUCACUGAGUAUUUAUGAAGAUAAUGUCAGACCUAAGCAAAAUUAAGAGCAUAACAGAAGACUUUCAUGAGUUUGUGUAUUAUGUUAGUCUAUGAAAAUGUGCAAAGGUAUUGUAGAGACUUUAUAAUUAGAAAUGCAUAUAUUUAUGAAACUUGAAAAUGAAUGUUAUAUCAAAUUUGCUUUGAUUUAUAGGUUUAGCAUUGUCUUUUAUUAUAGGCAUAGUUAGAGAUACAAGAAAAUAACCACCGUGUUGUGACAAAGUGACCAAAAUCACGUACUGAAUGCACAGCUUUAUAUACCCUGUCCACCAUCGUGUGCCUCUUCUCCAUUUGCUUUCUUCCCAUUUUCCUUCCCCUAAGGAGAAAAUUGGUUUCACAUUUGUAAAAAGUAAUUUCAGUAGUUAAUCAUCUAAGAGAGUAGCCCGAACUCUGUUGAAACUUAACCAAAAUAAGAUAUUUUCUCAGUUUAGGGCUUAUUUGUUAUAUUUAGUAAUAAGAUAGGAUAGUUGGUUUCUGUUUAAUCAAUUGAAAACGGGGGCUAUAAAGAUGAAGAUUUUUCUUUGAAACUGAAUUAUCGUAUUGGGAAGAUUUGUUGUUAAAAACUUCCUUUGCACAAAAUAAUCCACUUGAUACCUGAAAAGAUGAGCUCUGGUUGUGUGUGUGUUUGAAAUAGAAAAUUUUGAGGAAAAAUAGAAAUAGGGUAGGAGAAGUAUUCAAUACUUGGUAAGUACUUGUAACCAACUCCAAACAGUUUUACUCCAGAUUUGUGUUAUCUCUGGCACAGAUUAGAUUUGGGCCGGGGGGGGGGGAAUAUAUAAGAAAAUGGAUUAAGUUUGGCUAACCUUAUAUAAACCAUACCUAGAAGAGAAUAAAAUUUGGUCUCAGGUUUAUUUGCAGUACCCAGAUGAUCAACUUUGCAAAGUCCCUUAAAAACUGUAUUAAGUAUCAGAAUCAUGAAUAAAAUGGGAGAGUUUUACAUGUAUACUAAUUGAUGCUUUCUCAGUAUUUUAUCUCACUACUUCUCCCAGAAUUUUCUGUAAACCCAACUACUGGUUUGCAGAGUUUUAGUCAUUUAACACUUUUUAAAAAUUUAGUUUGUACAUUCCAUUUGGUAAAGAAAUCAGUAUCAGAAGUAAUGUUAAAAUAUUAAAUAGGAAAAGAGAUCCACUAAUAUAGUUUAUGGUUAUUAAAUUUAGGCUAAUCAUGGAAUAAUCUUAAUGUUUGUAUUGGUGUUAAGAUUUGAUGACUUUAGCUGUAUGAAUAUAUAAUAGUCAUACUGCAAACAUUUUGCAUCCCUUUGUGACCUAAUUUUUAAACAUUUAAAACUGUGUUGCCAUUAUGCUUUGCUGUUUAAUAAAAAGCUGUUUCAAAAAUUG